AUUGUCUCAGGCUCCACUGGAAAUGCAGCAAGGAUUCCUAGCACAUCCCAGUUGCCAUAGCAACAGCAGUCUUUCCCAUAAUGAGCUGCAUCAUCUGAACUGAUGUCACAGCAUCAUGCAGCAGGUCAAACAAGGCAUCUCCUAGUAUUGCAUCCUACAGAUGUGCUGUAAACAUCAAAAGAAGACGCCGGGAGCAGGAGAUGCUGUUUUGGAAAGAAGUAAGGCUUAGAUUUCUCCAUGUUAACCAUGAGCGUGACACUGUCCCCACUGAGGUCACAGGACCCAGAUCCCAUGGCGACUGAUGCCUCCCCCAUGGCCAUCAACAUGACGCCUACAGCGGAGCAGGAGGAAGGAGAGGCAGAGGAGGCCAUGAAGGACAUCGAGGCUGAGCAGCAAUAUGGAAAGCCACCCCCACUCCACACGGCAGCUGACUGGAAGAUUGUCCUACACUUGCCUGAGAUUGAGACCUGGCUCCGCAUGACCUCCGAGAGGGUCCGGGACCUGACCUACUCAGUCCAGCAGGAUGCAGACAGCAAGCAUGUGGAUGUGCAUCUGGUCCAGCUAAAGGACAUUUGUGAAGACAUUUCUGACCAUGUGGAGCAGAUCCAUGCCCUCCUUGAGACAGAGUUCUCCCUCAAGCUGCUGUCUUACUCAGUCAAUGUCAUUGUAGACAUCCACGCCGUGCAGCUGCUCUGGCACCAGCUCCGGGUAUCCGUGCUGGUCCUGCGCGAGCGCAUCCUGCAAGGUCUACAGGAUGCCAAUGGUAACUAUACCAGGCAGACUGACAUUCUGCAGGCGUUCUCCGAAGAGACAGAGGAGGGCCGGCUUGAUUCUCUCACAGAGGUGGACGACUCUGGGCAGUUAACGAUCAAAUGCUCUCAAAAUUACUUGUCCCUGGACUGUGGCAUUACUGCGUUUGAACUGUCCGACUACAGCCCAAGUGAGGAUCUGCUUGGUGGCCUGGGUGACAUAACCACUAGCCAGACCAAAACCAAACCUUUGGACUCUUGGAGCUAUAGUGGGAUGGAAAAGGAGUUCCCGGAGCUCAUCCGAAGUGUUGGGUUGCUCACAGUGGCCACCGACCCUGUCCCCUCCGGCUGUGAGGCGGCCAACGAGGACGCAACUCAAGUGUCUCUUUCAGAAGAGAGCAAAGGUGGGCAGGAGGAACACAGUGCUUCGGCAGCCGGAGAGCAGCAGGGCACAACAUCUGGGAUGCCUUCCUUAGGGGACACCCUGACAGAUGCUGCUGAACACCCUUCUGAGACUGCGAAGCAAGACCCUAGCUCCUCCCCACAGCUCGGUGCAAAGAAAAACCAGCCGGCUCCUUGUGAAACUGCGAGUCCCAAGAGACCCAUCCGCGAUUGCGUGAAUUAUAACGAGGACUCUCCCACACAGCCCACAUUGCCCAAAAGAGGGCUUUUCCUGAAAGAGACUGGUGCAGGUGAGCGGAAGGGCAGUGACGGCAGGAGGCAGGUGGUUGAUCUGAAGCCCGAGCUGAGCAGAAGCACCCCUUCCCUGGUGGACCCCCCGGACAGAUCCAAGCUCUGUUUAGUGUUACAGUCCUCCUACCCCAGCAGCAGCUCCUCUGCGGCCAGCCAGUCCUAUGAAUGUUUGCACAAGGUGGGGAUUGGCAACAUUGAAAGCCUGGUCAGAAGUCACAUUAAAGAAAUGUCUUCCAGUCUGGGAAGGCUUACCGACUGCCAUAUAGAGAAAGGUCGGCUGAAAAAGCCACACAAGACCUCGGCAGAGGUGCCUCUGUGCCGAACGCCUAAACGAGGAACUGGUUCGGGACAGCAAGCCGAACCCACCAGGGGCUCAGCAGUGCCCAGCAUGCUGCCUUCUGGGGCUCCUAAGGCCACAGUGAGACCAGAAACGGAUUCGGCAGCGUCGACAUCCUCGGAUGAGCGGCGCCAUCAGAGAGACUGGAGCGGACACUCGCCAGCGCAGUCGAAGGCUUCCAGCUCCUGCCCUUGCCGUCACAGCAGCGAGUCCUCUGUUGGCUCAGACAACAUCACAUCUCCAGUUCCUCCUCUUUCACAGAAUGAGAGCCAAAAAGACAGCUCCCCUGCUCCCAGCGACGUCACCCAGAACGGCCAGGGCGUGGAGGCCUGGUACGGCUCCGAUGAAUACCUGGCGUUGCCAUCUCACCUGAAACAGACAGAGGUGUUGGCUCUGAAGCUGGAAAAUCUCACCAAGCUCUUGCCUCCGAAACCCAGAGGAGAGACCAUCCAGAACAUCGACGACUGGGAACUGUCUGAAAUGAAUUCCGAUUCUGAAAUCUAUCCGACAUACCACAGCAAGAAGAAACACACCGGGCUAGGCAGGGUGUCCCCAAGCUCAUCAAGUGACAUAGCUUCUUCUCUCGGGGAGAGCAUCGAAUCUGGGCCCCUGAGUGACAUUCUUUCGGAUGAGGACUUAGGUGCGCCCCUCUCCGGUGUGAGAAAAUACGCGGAUGAGAAAUCAGAGAGGCCUUCAUCCUCUGAGAACAAGAGCCAUUCUGCUACAAAAUCAGCUUUAAUCCAGAAACUAAUGCAAGAUAUUCAACACCAAGACAACUAUGAAGCCAUAUGGGAAAGAAUAGAGGGGUUUGUGAACAAGCUGGAUGAAUUCAUUCAGUGGCUGAACGAAGCCAUGGAGACCACGGAGAACUGGACCCCUCCGAAAGCUGAGACCGACAGCCUUCGGCUCUACCUGGAGACACACUUGAGUUUUAAGUUGAAUGUGGACAGUCACUGUGCUCUCAAGGAAGCCGUGGAGGAAGAAGGACAUCAACUCCUGGAGCUCAUUGCGUCUCACAAAGCAGGACUGAAGGACAUGCUGAAGAUGAUUGCCAGUCAAUGGAAGGAGCUGCAGAGGCAAAUCAAACGGCAACACAGCUGGAUUCUCAGAGCUCUGGACACCAUCAAAGCAGAGAUACUGGCUACUGAUGUGUCUGUGGAGGACGAGGAGGGGACUGGAAGCCCCAAGGCCGAGGUUCAGCUCUGCUGCCUGGAGGCACAAAGGGAUGCUGUGGAGCAGAUGUCUCUCAAGCUGUACAGUGAGCAGUACACCAGUGGUAACAAGAGGAAGGAGGAAUUUGCUGACAUGUCCAAAGUGCAGUCAGUGGGAAGCAAUGGGCUUCUGGACUUUGAUUCAGAAUAUCAGGAGCUCUGGGAUUGGCUGAUUGACAUGGAGUCCCUCGUGAUGGACAGCCACGACCUGAUGAUGUCAGAGGAGCAGCAGCAGCAUCUCUACAAGCGAUACAGUGUGGAAAUGUCCAUCAGGCACCUGAAAAAGACAGAGCUGCUUAGCAAGGUUGAAGCGCUGAGGAAAGGUGGCGUCUCUCUACCAAGCGAUCUCCUGGAAAAAGUGGAUUCAAUUAAUGAAAAAUGGGAACUGCUUGGGAAAACACUAAGAGAGAAGAUCCAGGACACAAUGGUAGGGCACAGUGGGUCGGGACCUCGUGCCCUGCUGUCUCCUGAAAGUGGAAGUCUGGUUAGGCAGCUGGAGAUCAGGAUCAAGGAACUGAAAAGAUGGCUCAGGGACACAGAGCUUCUCAUCUUCAACUCCUGUCUGAGACAAGAGAAGGAAGGAACCAAUGCCGAGAAACACCUUCAAUACUUUAAGUCCCUCUGUCAUGAGAUCAAGCAGCGUCGCAGAGGGGUGGCCUCCAUUCUACGGUUGUGCCAGCAUCUUCUGGAUGACCGGGACACCUGCAAUCUCAAUGCGGACCACCAGCCCAUGCAGCUGAUCAUUGUAAACCUUGAAAGGAGGUGGGAAGCCAUCGUCAUGCAGGCUGUCCAGUGGCAAACCCGGCUACAGAAGAAGAUGGGCAAAGAAUCCGAGACUUUGAAUGUGAUCGAUCCUGGCUUGAUGGACCUGAAUGGAAUGAGUGAAGAUGCCCUAGAAUGGGAUGAAACAGAUAUAAGUAAUAAGCUAAUUAGUCUGCACGAAGAAUCAAAUGACCUUGAUCAAGACCCAGAGCCUAUCAUACCCUCCCUGAAGCUUGAAGAGACACACCACCACGAACCUGGUUAUGAGGAUGAGGCAGGUGACUGUGGGGGGUCCCAGUAUACCUCAAACAUCGCCGCACCUUCCAGCCCACACAUUUACCAAGUGUACAGUCUUCACAACGUUGCGCUCCACAAGGACAGCCACACUCCAUUUCUGAAAAGCAGCCCAAAGCUUACAGGCACAUCACAGCCUGGCAUUUUAACUAAGAGCCUCAGUAAAGAUUCUUCAUUUUCAUCCACAAAAUCGUUGCCAGAUCUUUUAGGGGGCUCCAGUCUGGGGAGGCCUUGCCCGUGUCACAGUGGAGACGUGAGCCAGAAUUCAGGCAGUGAGAGUGGAAUUGUGAGUGAAGGAGACAACGAAAUGCCUACCAACUCUGAAAUGUGUUUGUUCGGUGUGGUAGAUGGGUCCCCAAGUAACCCUGAAACUGAACAUCUGGACCCACAAAUGGGAGAUGCAGUCAACGUGUUAAAGCAAAAAUUUAAAGAUGAGGAGGAAUGCAUUAAUCUUCCAAAUACCUCUCAGUCAUCCAUCUCACCAGUGGGUUGUGUAAAUGGAAAAGCUGGAGAUUUAAACAGUGUUACCAAACAUACUACUGAUUGUUUAGGAGAAGAAUUACAAGGAAAACAUGAUGUGUUUACAUUUUAUGAUUACUCAUACCUCCAAGGCUCAAAACUCAAAUUACCAAUGAUAAUGAAACAGUCACAAAGUGAAAAGGCACAUGUGGAGGAUCCUCUUCUUGGUGGUUUUUAUUUUGAUAAAAAAUCCUGCAAACCUAAACAUCAGGCUUCGGAGUUGCAACCAGAUGUGCCUCCCCAUGAAAGGAUUUUGGCAAGUGCACCCCAUGAAAUGGGUGGCAGCUCCUAUAAAAGUAGUGACAAAGAGAAGACGUUCACAGGCAUUCAGAAUGCCAGACAGUUCCCCCUUUUAUCUCGUAGCUCAUCUAUAGAGUCCCUUCCUCCAGGGGGUGAUUUGUUUGGGCUAGGUAUCUUUAAAAACGGCAGUGAGAGUCUCCAGCGGAGCACUUCUUUAGAAAGUUGGUUGACAUCCUAUAAGAGCAAUGAAGAUCUUUUUAGCUGUCACAGCUCUGGGGACAUAAGUGUGAGCAGUGGCUCAGUUGGUGAGCUGAGUAAGAGGACAUUAGACCUCCUGAAUCGCCUGGAGAAUAUCCAGAGCCCCUCGGAGCAAAAGAUAAAGCGAAGCGUUUCUGAUAUCACUCUCCAAAGCAGUUCCCAAAAGAUGUCCUUUACGGGCCAGAUGUCGUUGGAUGUCGCGUCGUCUAUCAAUGAAGAUUCACCCGCAUCUCUUACAGAACUGAGUAGCAGUGAUGAGCUUUCUCUUUGUUCAGAAGAUAUCAUGUUACACAAAAACAAGGUCCCAGAAUCAAAUGCAUCCUUCCGCAAGCGCCUGAACCGCUCGGUGGCCGAUGAAAGUGACGUCAAUGUUAGUAUGAUUGUUAACGUCUCGUGCACCUCUGCUUGCACUGAUGACGAGGACGACAGUGACCUCCUCUCCAGCUCCACUCUCACCUUGACUGAAGAAGAGCUACGCCUCAAAGAUGAGGACGAUGAUUCCAGUAUUGCAACAGAUGAUGAAAUUUAUGAAGAAAGCCAUCUGAUGUCUGGGCUGGACUACAUAAAGAAUGAGCUACAGACUUGGAUAAGACCGAAAUUUUCCUUGACAAGAGAAAAGAAACGGUGCAGUGUCACCGAUGAAAUAAAGGGUAAUAAAGACGGAGGCCAAAGUGAGAAGAUCAACCCCUCAGACACCCUGAACAUUGACGCCCUUCUAAAUGGCUCCAUAAAAUGUCUCUCCGAAAACAAUGGAAAUGGGAAGAAUUCACCCAGAACUCAUGACUUAGGAACAGAAGGGGAAAACAAGAAAAACACGUAUGAAGUUAGUAAAGACCCACGUGUGGCUGACAUGGAAAAUGGCAAUAUUGAAAGUACUCCAGAAAGACCAAAGGAGAAGGUGAAUGGAAUUUCAGAGGCAUCAGAGAACCUUGGUUUAAACGCAAAAAAGAGUUCUGAAUCCAAGCACAGUGAGUGUAAAGCAUUUACAGACAGUGAAGAUGAUUCAAAUGUUGCUGGAAAGGAAUUUGGUCCCCCAGAUGAUAGACAUCUUCCACAGACAGGUCCAAACCUCCACCAUUCUGAAAAUCAAAGUGUCCCCCGCACGCCUGUUGAAAACACUUGCCCGGAAGUGCUGUUAGAAAGCAGAGUUGGAAGCAGACAAGACAGUGAUGGACUAAAAUCUUCAUCUAAUGAUGCCCCAAGUGGGGCUAGAAAACCUGCUGGGUGCUGCCUCCUCGAACAAAAUGAGACAGAGGAAAGUGCCUCUCUCAGCAACAGCACUUCCUGUUGCAACUGCCAGCCAGAUGUUUCCCAUCAAAAGGAUGCUGAAGAUUGUUCAGUGCAUGACUUUGUUAAGGAAAUCAUUGACAUGGCAUCAACAGCCCUCAAAAGUAAAUCACAACCUGAAAGUGAGGUAGCUGCUCCCACGUCUUUAACUCAGAUCAAAGAGAAAGUCCUAGAACAUUCUCAUCGGCCCAUGCACCUGAGAAAGGGGGACUUCUAUUCCUACUUAUCUCUUUCAUCCCAUGACAGUGACUGUGGGGAGGUCACCAAUUACAUAGAUGAGAAGAGCAACACCCCAUUGCCACCAGAUACCGUGGACUUUAGCUUAGAUGACAAGGAAGACAUCGAAUGUUUCUUUGAAGCUUGUGUUGAGGAUGAACUUGUUGACGAGAAAGCCUGUGUCUCUAGUGCCCUUCCAACUGAAUCAGCAGUUCUGGAUGAAGCCGCUAUGUCAGUACAAGGGACAGCAAGCUCUCCUGUGCUCAAUGAUGUUGCUUUCUCAUGUAAUGAGACAGAUAGGGUGGUUCUUUCAGGACCUUCCCCUCAGAAAGGAGCUGACAAAGGAAAGGAAGUAGAUGAUGCAUCCCAAACAUCCCAGGGCUGUGCAGAAAGCUCAGACCUUACUACUCCUUCAGGACAGGCCAGUAAAGAUGGAAGUUCAAGAAACCAAGGUGAAUCAGGAUUGCCGGAAGAAAAUAACGCUACUUCAGCCAAAUCAAAAUGUCCAGUUCUCCCAUUGAAUGCAAAACAGCCAAAAGCCAAGGCAAUGCUCUAUCCCACCCCGCAAACUUUAACCUGUAAAGAAAAGCUUGUAAGCUUUCAUGAAGAUCGACAUAGAAACAUGCGUAGGUAGAAUGUAAUGCCCCCAAGCAUGGAAAUCAUCUCAUUGAAAGAUAGCCUGGCUGCAGCUCAGGGCUGGCCUGAUCCACCCUGGGCUGGUCUUGGGUGCCAUCACUGCUGCCUGUCACAUUGACUUUCUGAAGAUGAACCUUCCCUCUGAACGCGGUCUGUCCACGUGGGCCUUGUGAUCUGGAUGUGUGCAUUGCUUCUCUUUAGGUGAUCUCUUAUUUCCACAAAGCUGCUUGCUCUCCCAUGGAUUCCUGUCCCAAGCUACCUCUGCCAGCCCCCUCUCUCCAGCAAGACUUCUGUUUGCCUCUCCCCUCCUGCCUCCUCCUUAAGACUGUGCAGUUCACAAAAUUGAUGGUCCAUUAAACCCACUGGAAUGAUACCCCUCCCUGCCAGUACUUGAUGAAUUUUAUGUUUUGCUUUGAAAUUUUUCAUGGUAUUAUACCUAUGUUUCUUGAAAGAGAUCUACCUAAAAGAGACAUAUUGGUCCUUAGUACAAAAUUAAGCGACAUUUAAAAGCGACAUUUUCAUUAUUUCUUUUUAAUAAUAAUCUAUGCAGCACUUCAAGAAACAACUAUAACAGUGUUGUAUAUUGUAAACUGGUACAUUCUACUAUUAAGUUCAUUUUUGGAUUCUUGAGGUGGUAAUGAGAAAAACGUUUUCUAAAACAGUGUGCCUUGCUGUAUUUCUUAUAUCAUUAAUUAAAAAGCUGCUUUCAUGGUAAUAGUAUGUUGGGUUGAGAGGAAGAAAUAGCAAGGUUAAGAUGUGUGAAUAAUUUCUGUAUAUAUGUAUAAGCUAGUACAAACACUGAUGUAUGGCAGUAUAAAAUGCUUUCAUGUUUGUGAUGACCAGUGAUGUGGAGAAUAUAAGCCUUAAACCCAUUUGAUUGCAUGGUAAUUAAAAUUGGCAUAAUAAAUAGCUUAUGGGGGGGGGGAAGGAAAAUUAAUGAUCUUUUUUACCUGUGUUCUUUACCAAAUUCUUGCAUCUGGUUCUGAAAAAAAAAUAAUAACACGUAUCAGCUUCCAAAAUAUCCAUAUUGUACAAAAGGCUUAAGUUGCUUAAACUCCGGACUAGGCCUGAAGCCUUCUUCAUAGCUUUCAGACUCUUUCUGCUCACUGUAAGUAAACAUCCUGAAAUAGCAGGUGCUUAAAGGCCAUUUCCCCCACAUCAAAACCACUUUAUACUACAUGCUUUUAUUUAUACUUGUUAAUGAUUUAAAGUUGUGUUUGGAGAUCUC